AUGUCCACUGCUGAACUUGCUCAAGCCGCUCAACAGGCCCAUACCCUCACUCCCGGGUUCUUGGAGGAUGUUAGGGUGGCCACCUCCACGCUUUUGAACUUUUACAACCGUCACAGGGAAGGUCUUCUGGCCCACCAACGGACGGUGGAAGAGGAUGCAUACGGGAAAGCUGAACGAUUUGUACGUUUGCUCAUCGACAAGAAUAUGUGGUAUAACGUGGCCCAGUGGCUCAACCACCCUUGGAUUUUGGCGUACACGGAAAUGGCCCGAGCGGGACCAUCGGUUGAUUGGACCAAAAUGUUCUCGAUCCCACAACCCACCACCCCUACCUUCUUUAUGGAAGGUUAUGCCGGUCCCUCUCCCCCUUUACCUCCAUCUUCGACCGAUUCAUUGCUCCCAGUCACAGUCCCAACUCCCCCAUUGCCGGUACCGACAGCUUCAUCAUCGCUCCCGGCCCCAACAAAACCAACGCGUCGGGCAAAAUCAACCGAUCCUGUGCCAGCGGCUGAAACGAAGACCAAGAGUAAGACGAAGUCUGGGCAAAGGAAACCCGAGGCCAGGUCCAGCACCCAGCCACAAUCAGAGGUGACUCCUAACGACACCGCUGCCCCAGUCCAAAGCAAAAAAAGAAAAGGGGACUUGAUCGAAGCCAGGCCAAAGAAGACCAGAGUCGUGAGCGCAGAGUUCAUCAACAGCAGCAGUGAUGAGGAAACAUUGAAGCCGAAGUCGGAGUCACUUCGACCGGUUGGUGGGGAAGCAAAGGCGGUUAAACCCAAGUCCCAGCCCCAUUUCUCCCGCAUGACACCCAGUGCCGGCUUCAGUCUCAUCCGAAGGCCCAAGUUAGACCCCGACGCCGGUCCUCCCAAGACCGCCAUGGCCGCUUUAAGGCAAGCCAAAACUGCCGAACGUCUUGCAAAUCAGAAUGCCGCGAUUGCGAAAGGCAAUUAUCAGCUUGCGGAUAUCCCCUUAACCAAGAAAAAGGACACCGACAGUGAGGUUGAAGACGAGAUCCAAAAGGGGUUGCAGGAUCUUGAAACGGCCACAGUCUCCGGGGGAGAUGCCCAAGUGAAGAUCGUGAGGAAGAAAGCGAGGUCAAAGAAGCCGCAGGUGAAGAAGGUGAAGCCAGAUGUCAAAGAGAAGGGCAAGCAGGAUGUCGAAAUGGCCGCAGUCAGGCAUGAUGUGGAGCAUGCAAUUGACGUGGACAUGGAGGUUGGUCUGACAAUGGGAAAGGGGAAGUCCGAGGGUGGUAUCGACAUAGAGAUGGCCGAAGUCAAACAUGAGGAAACCGAGGUCGGUGCCAUUCCAAAAGCCGACAAAGACGUGGGCCGGGUGACUCCCACCAUAAUCAUUGAGCCACCCACACCACACACAUUGGCGAUUUUCAAGAGCACUGAGACCGAGGUCGGUACCAACACUGACAAAGGAAAGGGCCGGGAGAUUGGGCCGCCAGCCAGUGAGAUGGAGUGGAUCGUGCCCGAGUUAGCAAUGCGGCCGGAAUUGGGCUUGGCUGUCAAUUAUAUGCAACAAAGCUUUACACCCCCACCUGUUGAGCGCACGUCCCGGCCAGAAGGUUCGUGUUCGGUAUCCCGUUCUCGGCAGGUCAGCCCACCAGAUCCCAAGGAGGUUCAUCUUGACACAGCGCUCUAUCAGAAGAAGAUUGACUUUAGGUCCUUGAGCCCCCCACCGAACUUUGACAUGCAGACGAUGCAGCAGGAGAUCAGAAGACUUGCUCAUGGCCAAGCCGACCUCCUGCAGAAACUCCGAGACCAACAAGCGCAAGUCAGCGUCAUGGAGUCGUCUACCCCUACUAUGCGAGAGUAUUCGGCAUUUGUGGUCCGAAAACAAGAUAUUGACGCAAGUGCCCUUCUCCCCCCGGUGGUUGACUCACCCGUGACCCUGUCACAACGUCUUUUGGCGCUCGAAGAGAUUACCCGGUGUAUUCAAGAUCAAGAUUUGGCUAGCCGUCCUCUGUCGGAGAAAAUUGCAAGUCUAGAGACCUCCGUUUGGUUUCAGGAAGAAAAAAUCACCGGAGCGACUCGCCGGAUGGACCAUAUUGAAGAGUCUGCCCACAUGCGUUGGAAGGAAACACAAGAAGAUUUGCAGUCCAUCCGAAGUGAUCACCAGAGACUGGAAGCCGAGGUGAGGGAAGCCGUCAAGACACUGGAGAACAAGUGGGAGACUACGCCAGCUGCUACGGGUAAGACGACCUGCACAUAUGCAGUAACCAAGAAAAAGGACACCGACAGUGAGGUUGAAGACGAGAUCCAAAAGGGGUUGCAGGAUCUUGAAACGGCCACAGUCUCCGGGGGAGAUGCCCAAGUGAAGAUCGUGAGGAAGAAAGCGAGGUCAAAGAAGCCGCAGGUGAAGAAGGUGAAGCCAGAUGUCAAAGAGAAGGGCAAGCAGGAUGUCGAAAUGGCCGCAGUCAGGCAUGAUGUGGAGCAUGCAAUUGACGUGGACAUGGAGGUUGGUCUGACAAUGGGAAAGGGGAAGUCCGAGGGUGGUAUCGACAUAGAGAUGGCCGAAGUCAAACAUGAGGAAACCGAGGUCGGUGCCAUUCCAAAAGCCGACAAAGACGUGGGCCGGGUGACUCCCACCAUAAUCAUUGAGCCACCCACACCACACACAUUGGCGAUUUUCAAGAGCACUGAGACCGAGGUCGGUACCAACACUGACAAAGGAAAGGGCCGGGAGAUUGGGCCGCCAGCCAGUGAGAUGGAGUGGAUCGUGCCCGAGUUAGCAAUGCGGCCGGAAUUGGGCUUGGCUGUCAAUUAUAUGCAACAAAGCUUUACACCCCCACCUGUUGAGCGCACGUCCCGGCCAGAAGGUUCGUGUUCGGUAUCCCGUUCUCGGCAGGUCAGCCCACCAGAUCCCAAGGAGGUUCAUCUUGACACAGCGCUCUAUCAGAAGAAGAUUGACUUUAGGUCCUUGAGCCCCCCACCGAACUUUGACAUGCAGACGAUGCAGCAGGAGAUCAGAAGACUUGCUCAUGGCCAAGCCGACCUCCUGCAGAAACUCCGAGACCAACAAGCGCAAGUCAGCGUCAUGGAGUCGUCUACCCCUACUAUGCGAGAGUAUUCGGCAUUUGUGGUCCGAAAACAAGAUAUUGACGCAAGUGCCCUUCUCCCCCCGGUGGUUGACUCACCCGUGACCCUGUCACAACGUCUUUUGGCGCUCGAAGAGAUUACCCGGUGUAUUCAAGAUCAAGAUUUGGCUAGCCGUCCUCUGUCGGAGAAAAUUGCAAGUCUAGAGACCUCCGUUUGGUUUCAGGAAGAAAAAAUCACCGGAGCGACUCGCCGGAUGGACCAUAUUGAAGAGUCUGCCCACAUGCGUUGGAAGGAAACACAAGAAGAUUUGCAGUCCAUCCGAAGUGAUCACCAGAGACUGGAAGCCGAGGUGAGGGAAGCCGUCAAGACACUGGAGAACAAGUGGGAGACUACGCCAGCUGCGUUACAAGAGAGUCUCACCCGGGGCUUUGAGAAACUUGCAAGCUGCAUCGAAACUGCCGAGCUAACGCUCCACGACCUCACCAAAUCAGUCACUACUAUUUCGGAGCUCAACCUGCGGCUCGGUGCUCGCCAAUCAAGUCUGGAAUCGCUCAUUAUCCAGUUCCUCAGCAACAAGGAGAAGAAGCACACUGGCAUCAAUACCGAUCACUCAGUCUCACCCGACCGUGGUCAGAAAAGCCAGCAGGUACAAGUCUCCCCGACCCCGGGUGUCGUUCUGCCAAACCCAGUUUCAACCGAUCACGCGCAAGUCUCUCCAACCCCGGCUGUCUUUCUGCCUCCAGCAUCUGAGAGCCCAGCGGUCCUUCUGUUGGCACCAAACCCAAUUCCUCCAACCCGGGCAAGUUCGCCCGGUCCUUACAUUGGGGGUAAUAGGAAGUCACCUCGGCUACAGAAACUCGAACCCACACUUCAAACCCCCGCACAGAGCAGCCAAGUGCGGUUGUUUGAGCCAGACCCGUUCCAACAUGGUGUCAACUGGAUGGGACCAGGUUGGGCUGAUCCACGCUGCAUGGGAUUCAAAGCUCUUCAGCAGACCCAUGACACAUGA